AAAAAAAAAAAAUUAAUUCAAAUUUCCUCAAAUUCCAUUUUUUUUUUUUCUUUUUCCAUUCCAAAAACACCGUAAACUUGGUGGUAUAUAAAAGGUGGAGACAAGGAAAAAAAAAUCCUUAAAAAAAGUGAAGAGUCGUUGAGUUUCGUUGACUUGAAGAAAUGGGGACGCCGGCGAUACCAAAUCUUGGAAAACAAUGUUGUGUUGAUGAUUGUAAACUUAUUGAUUUCCUUCCUUUUUCCUGCGAUUCUUGUCACAAGGUUUUUUGUCUUGAACAUCGGGGUUACAGUACGCAUCAAUGUCCCAAUGCCAAGAAGAAUGAUCUCACGGUGGUUGUAUGCCCACUCUGUGCAAAAGGGGUGCAUUUAAUCCCUGAUCAAGAUCCAAAUAUCACAUGGGAAUCACAUGUUAAUACAGAUUGUGACCCGUCAAACUAUGCGAAAGUCACCAACAAAAAGAAAUGCCCUGUUCGUGGGUGUAAAGAAACCCUGACGUUCUCAAAUACAAUUAAAUGUCGGGAAUGCACCAUUGAUCACUGUUUAAAACACAGGUUUGGACCCGACCACAGCUGUCCUGGCCCUAAAAAGCCGGAACCAACUUUCCCAUUUUGGCAGGCCUCAAAUAACAAUAAAAAAGACCCACCACCAAAGCGUGUGACCCAUGUGUCUGGGUCAGUAUCUUCAUCUUCCUCCUCAUCAAAAUGGGCUACAACUUUCCUUAAGGCCGCCUCCUCUGUUAAAGCGUCGGCAGAGGCUGGAUUAGCCAAAUUGAGUGGUCCCAGCAGUGGUCAAGGUGUGAGUGCAGGCACAGGGGCAGGCACGAGCACAAGCAGUCAAGUGGAGGUGUGUCCAGUGUGUAGUGUGAAGUUUUCUCGGGUUGGAGAUUUGAUAGAUCAUGUGCAGAAAGUUCACGAGAAGAAUGGGGUGAUGAAAGCGACAUUAGAUGUAUGCCCAAAGUGUAGUAAAGGAUUUCGUGAUCCGGUUGCACUUGUAGAGCAUGUGGAAAGAGAGCAUAGAGGAACUUUUAAAGCUUAAUUUGUGAGUAUUAUUUGUGUUAUCGAACUGUUCUGCACAAAUUUUUCUACUCUUCCUCUUUUUCCCACAUCAUUAUUUUGUGAUUGAAACCUUAAAAAUGAAUGUAUUUGUUUGUCUUUUUAGUUUUAAAAAUGUUUAUUGUUUGAAUGGAAAGUACAUUACGCUGACA